AUGAAUCUCGUUUCAAAACCAACAGAAAAUCAAUUUAAUUCUCGUGGUCAAGAUGUUCUACCUUUAACGUUUAAAUUAUUUCCACAACGUAGCGAAUCUAUUGAUAAUCGUGCAUCACCAACAAAUAACGGUUUACAACGUCAUCUAUCCCAACAAGAUCUAGCAAAUAAUCCACCCGAUACUGAAAUACUUGAUUUUAAACCCAUUCCAACCUCACCAUUUCGUUUAUUUGGUUCCACAACUUCAGUAUCAAAUAAUAAUACAUUAAAAAAACAGUCAACAACGGAUAAAGUACGGCGAAAACGAACGCCAAAAAUUGAUGAUAAUACUGAUGGUCAAAAAGUAAAAAGACGUAAAAGUGAUAUGAAUAUGAAUCAACCAAAACAACAAGAUUUUCCAUUGAUAAAUUCUGUCCCAUCAUCUACUGACAAAAAAUUUACUACAGAUACAAAUAAAAAUGUUUCAAAUUAUCGAGAAAUUGGUUUUUCUCCUGCCUCAUCAGCACAAAGUGAUUCAUGUUCGAAUUCAAAUCAUACAUCUGAAUCAUCAAAUAUAUCAACUGUUAAUUCAAAACAAUCACAAACUGAGAUAAGUGGAUCAAUAAAUUCGGCAACGAAUGAACUUGAAGCUAAGAACAGUCAAAUACAAACUUUAACAAGAGAACGAGAUGAUUUACGUCGACAAUUAUCAGAUGUUAAAAAAGAUUUUGAUAAACAAAAUAAUAUACUUCAAAAAUGUCUGGCUGUGAAUAAAAAAUUACUUGUAGAAAAAUCAACACUAGAACGAAAACAAGCACGACAAAAAUGUAUGGAAAAUCGUUUGAGAUUGGGUCAAUUUGUUACUCAACGGCAAGGUGCAACAUUUGUAGAAAAUUGGACAGAUGGCUCAGCAUUUUCUGAUAUUACUAAACAACAAGAAAUGAUACAACGUGCACGAGAAGAACUUGAUCGUGAACGACGUAAUCUGCUACGUCGUCGACCUAAUUGUGAAGUUAAAGAAAAACCACCAAAAACACCAAAUUCAAAAUCAAGAACGAAAGAUCGUACGGGUGCAUUUAUACCUCAAGAUGAGACUAGUAAUGAUGGUAUGAAAACAAUGAAUGAUGCAAAUAAAGCAUCAUUAGUAAGUGAUUGGAAUGAAUCAGAUGAAAUCUUGCGGUUACGUCAAGCAUCUCUGAAAAAAGAAGAAAUGGACCUUCAAAUUGAAUAUGAAAAACUGGAAAGAGAAAGAAAUUUACAUAUACGUGAAUUAAAACGUAUUUACAAUGAAGAUCAUUCCAGAUUUCAAGACCAUCCAAUACUCAAUGAACGUUAUCUACUAUUAUCGCUCAUUGGUAAAGGUGGUUUCAGUGAAGUUCAUAAAGCUUUUUGUCUAAAAGAACAACGUUAUGUUGCAGUUAAAGUUCAUCAACUUAAUAAAGAAUGGAAAGAAGAAAAAAAAGCAAAUUAUAUUAAACAUGCAUUACGCGAAUGUGAUAUUCUUAAAACACUUGAUCAUCCUCGAAUUGUUCGUCUGUUUGAUGUAUUUGAAAUUGAUACUGAUUCAUUCUGUACUGUGUUGGAAUAUAUCGAAGGAAAUGAUAUAGAUUUCUUCUUAAAACAACAUAAAUAUAUUCCGGAAAAAGAAGCACGAUCAGUUGUUAUGCAAACUGUUAGUGCUUUAAGAUAUUUAAAUAAUGGUAUAAAACCACCUGUGAUUCAUUUUGAUUUAAAACCAGCUAAUAUAUUAUUGGGUACUGGUACAAGUAGUGGAGAAAUCAAAAUAACAGAUUUUGGUUUAAGUAAACAAAUGUGUGAAGAUACAUAUGAUCCUGAACAUGGAAUGGAUUUAACAUCACAAGGUGCAGGAACGUAUUGGUAUCUUCCUCCUGAAGUAUUUGUUCAAGGUCCAAAUCCUCCAAAAAUCUCUUCAAAAGUCGAUGUAUGGAGUUUAGGGUGUAUUUUUUUUCAAUGUUUAUAUGGACGAAAACCUUAUGGACAUAAUCAAUCCCAAGCUGCAAUAUUAGAAAAUCAAACAAUAUUAAAAGCCAAAGAAGUCGAAUUUCCUGCUAAACCAAUUAUAUCUGAUGGAGCAAAAAUAUUUAUUCGACGUUGUUUAACUUAUAAUGUUCGUGAUCGACCAGACGUAAAUCAAUUAAGUGAAGAUGAAUAUCUUCGUUCAUAUCCAAAACGUUCGACAACAAGUGCAUCAGCUCGAACAGCUCAAUUAUCAAUGAAUGACAGUUCGAACUGA